AUGGCCUCCACACCGAUCACAGAGAAACAGAGCACAGCGACAAGUAAAUCCGAUAUGGACAAGGACGUUGAGCUUCUGGAGUUCAUAGAGGUGGCGACGAAGAAUCCGGACGAUGUGCAGAAGAGUGUGCUGGCGGAGAUACUGAGCCAGAACGCCCACACUGAGUACCGGCAGCAGCGGUGCGACCUCGGAGGAAGCACCGAUCGCCAGACCUUCAAGGCCAAGGUCCCCAUGGUCACCUACGAUGACCUCAAGCCUGACAUCCUGCGCAUCGCCAACGGCGACCGCUCCCCUAUCCUAUCUGCUCACCCCAUCUCCGAGUUCCUCACCAGUUCCGGUACGUCCGCUGGUGAGCGGAAGCUCAUGCCUACAAUUCAGCAAGAUCUUGAUCGACGUCAGUUCCUUUACGAUCUUCUCAUUCCUGUCAUGAACAAGUUUGUUCCAGGACUAGACAAAGGAAAAGGGCUGUACUUCCUCUUCGUCAAGACCGACACAAAGACACAAGGAGGCCUGUCGGCCCGCCCCGUCCUCACCAGCUAUUACAAGAGCGAGCUCUUCAAGGGAAGGAAGUUCAACCCUUACCUGGUCUACACCAGCCCAACGGAGGCCAUCCUCUGCUCCGACUCCUUCCAGAGCAUGUACUCACAGAUGUUCUGUGGCCUCCUGCAGCACCAAGAGGUCCUCCGCGUCGGUGCCGUCUUCGCCUCAGGCCUCCUCCGUGCCAUCCGCUUCCUCCAGGUACACUGGCAAGAUCUCGCCCUCGACAUCGAGAGGGGCACACUCAGUGUGAAGAUCACAGACCCAUCAAUCCGAGCCGCGGUAGCCAAGCUAAUCAAGCCGGACCCGAACACGGCUAGGUUCGUCCGGGACAACUGCUCGAACCAAAACUGGGAAGGUAUCAUCAUCAAGAUCUGGCCUCGAACAAAGUACCUCGACGUGAUUGUGACUGGUACCAUGGCUCAGUACAUCCCCACACUCAACUACUACGGGGGUGGCCUACCACUGGUCUGCACCAUGUAUGCCUCCUCAGAGUGCUACUUUGGCCUCAACCUGAACCCACUUUCCCACCCAUCUGAGGUCUCCUACACCAUCAUGCCAAACAUGGGCUACUUCGAGUUCCUUCCCCACGACCCGGACCAGCCUCAUGAGCCGAGCCACACCGAGCUCCUCGACCUUGCCGACCUUCAACUUGGCAAGGAGUACGAGCUCGUUGUCACCACCUACUCCGGCUUGUACCGCUACCGCGUCGGCGACAUCCUCCGAGUCAGCGGCUUCCACAAUUCCGCCCCUCAGUUCCACUUUGUUCGAAGGAAGAACGUGGCUCUGAGCAUCGACUCGGAUAAGACCGACGAGGCCGAGCUGCAGAAGGCGGUCGAGGCGGCGUCGAACCGUCUGAUGAAGGACAACCACGCAAGGAUCGUGGAGUACACCAGCUAUGCCGACACAAUAACCAUACCGGGUCACUACGUCAUAUUCUUCGAGCUGGCGUCGGACAAGGGCCCGGAUCCGGCACCGGUGCCGGUGGAGGUGAUGGAGGAGUGCUGCCUUGCCAUGGAGGAAGAGCGCAACUCAGUGUAUAGACAAGAGAGGGUGUGCGACCAGUCGAUUGGGUCGCUUGAAAUAAGAGUGGUGCAGCGCGGCACGUUUGAGGAGCUAAUGGAGCACGCCAUCUCCAGAGGCGCCUCCAUUAACCAGUACAAGGCCCCUAGGUGUGUCACUUUGGCUCCCAUCUUGGAAAUGCUGGACUCAAGGGUCGUAUCCUCCCACUUCAGUCCAGUCCUGCCUCAUUGGUCCCCAACUCGUCGCCAUUAACAGAUUAAUAAGUUAAUUAAUUAAUAGUGGCCUCCCAUCUACUGUCCUUCCUUCAUUCAGCUCCCUCUCUAGU